AUGUCGGCUUUUGUUUUUCGCGAAGCUGAUUCCGUUGUAGCUAGAGAGGACAUGGUAGAUCAGCUAAAGAGCCCAACUGCACCCAUUACCGCAGAGAUCCCUACAGGCACCACAGCUACAUUGACUGCCACUCCUCAAGUGACAAGUACACCAUCAAGCUCUGAUGCCACAGAUGAGAAACCAGCACCGGGAGAAGGUAAGCCAGAGACAUUUACUUUACGAUGUUUAUCUUUUUAG